UGCGCGUAAUAGUUUGUGCAAGCGAUGCGCCCCACCCGCGGCUGUGUGGUUGCAUCGAGGCGUGAGGCCAGUACACCGUUCCGCACGAUGGUAGACGCACGUACGCUCGCGCUCGCGUUCACCGCUCUUUUGGCCGUCGCGGCCGCUUCGCCGCUCACGAGCGUGCGGGUCAGGAGACAGCUGGCCGACGACAACACGCUGCAACCGAUCGAGGACGCGGAAGGCGAUGAGCAGACCCGAGAGAAGAGGAAGUUUGAGGGAGUGACCCAGGCCAAGUUUGGUAUCAAGAAUGCAGUGCUGGGAUUCGUUUUUGGGAAAAUCAACUCGAUAAUCGACGCCAAGACGCGUUUGGUGGAGAACCUCGACCGUCAGAACAUCGAAAUCAACAAGCAGUACGGCAUCGAACCUCCACAAAGCGGGCUGGCGUCGUUGAGCGGCAUCGUGGGGCAAGUGAUCACCCCCAAGCUUCAACUCUUGGGGCCUAAGAUCCAGGCUGUGACGUCACUGUUCGGUGGAUCGUCCGGUGGAUCGUCUGGAGGCUCAGGUGGGGGCGGACUCGGAUCCAUCUUGUCCCUUGUGACGUCUCUGUCAGGCUCAUCGUCAGGCGGCGGCGGCAACUCGGGCGGAACCGUCGAAACGAUCGACUCUUCUGAAGAAGAUGACUCGUGAUUUCCUUCUCUGUAUAUACACACUACGACAAUAAACCCAGACCUUGCAAUCGAGAGAUUAUGAGCGUGUGUUAAUUAAUCUUUGAAUGAAAGUAAUCUUCUAUUAAAAGGAAUGUCUCGAUGGAAAGUCUGUGGUUUAUUAAAGCUUCAAAACUAGGAAGGACAUAGGGGUACAAACUACAAAGUGUCCUAUAAGGUCAUGUCUUUUUUGGCUUAGUUACUAUUAAGUAUUAUUGUAAAUAUAUUUUUAAAUUGUUCAUCCAUUGAUUAGGUCUUUGUCAUUAUUUUAUAAUUGAAUCAUGUGCUGUAAAUGCUUUCGAAUACCAGUUUAUUAGCGUUUCGUGAUAUCAUCGACAAAGUCGUGUGAAAAGCUAACAAAUCUUUUGAUUCAUAAUUAGUUUAUCAUUGACAUCAUUUAAAAUUAUUUGGUUACAAAACGCGACCUUGGCAAUUGUCGUCAGAUCAGGUUAACGUAUCCAGUGUUUAAGAUUCUUAUGAUGUUAGGAAAAUGAAACCCAGUGGUCCGUGUUGAAAUAAGAUUUCGUCAUACAAACUCGUAUAUUCAUAAGAACAGUGUCGUAGUGUGUUAUGAAAUCCGUUCCCCUGUGACCUUCCCUGUACAGUUUCCUUCGCACUUUUUUACUGUAUUUAUGUUGUAAAUAGUUUUAGGUUGAGCGCUGGUGAUAAUAAAAUAUUCCUUCCA